AUGGGCCAAACCACAAUUCUCGUGGCAAUAAUUCUGACUAUAGUUAUGAAUGCACAGAGCAGUUUCGUCGCGGGAGAUACUCCUGAUAGCAAGGUAUAUGUAGUUUACCUGGGAGAGAAAGAGCAUGAUGAUCCUACGUCUGUCACUGAAUCUCACCAUCAGAUGUUGUGGUCACUUCUUGGAAGCAAAGAGUCUGUCCACGAUUCAAUAGUAUACAGUUAUCGACACGGCUUCUCAGGCUUCGCAGCCAAGCUGACAGAGUCCCAAGCCCAGCAACUUUCAGAACUACCUGAAGUAGUACAUGUCAUACCAAAUACAUUAUAUGAACUGACAACAACUAGAACUUGGGAUUACUUGGGGCUGUCUCCUGGCACUUCUAAGAGUCUCCAACAUAAGGCCAAGAUGGGAAGUCAGGUCAUUGUCGGAGUCAUCGACACAGGAGUGUGGCCAGAGUCUCAAAUGUUUAAUGACAAAGGCUACGGACCUAUACCGAGCCGUUGGAAAGGUGGAUGUGAAUCAGGAGAACUCUUCAAUGCCUCGGUUCAUUGCAACAGAAAGCUAAUAGGAGCGAAAUACUUUGUUGAUGGCCUUGUUGCCGACGUAGGAGACGUGAACAGAACAGAGAACCCUGAGUACCUUUCCCCGAGAGACUUUAGCGGUCAUGGCACGCAUGUCUCCUCAACCAUCGGUGGUUCUUUCCUGCCUAACGUAAGCUACUUAGGCCUUGGAAGAGGAAGCGUGAGAGGCGGUGCUCCAGGUGUUCGUUUAGCUAUUUAUAAGGCUUGCUGGCUUCAAUCAGGGGUUUGUUCAGGAGCUGAUGUCUUGAAAGCAAUAGACGAAGCUAUACAUGAUGGUGUUGAUGUUUUGUCACUCUCUCUAGGAUCAAAGGUUCCUUUGUAUUCAGAAACUGAUGUGAGGGAACUGACCUCUGUGGGAGCAUUCCAUGCGGUCGCAAAAGGAAUUCCUGUCGUAGCUGCUGCUGGUAAUGCCGGUCCAAUGGCUCAGACUAUUUCGAAUGUAGCUCCUUGGAUCUUGACUGUGGCUGCAACCACUCUAGACCGUUCUUUUCCUACAGCCAUUACACUAGGGAACAAUAUGACAAUACUGGGUCAAGCAAUCUUUGCCGGUCCAGAACUUGGUUUUGUUGGUCUAGCUUAUCCACUUUCCGGUGACUGCGAGAAGCUCUCUGCUAAUCCCAACAAGACAAUGGAAGGAAAAGUUGUGUUAUGUUUCACAACCGAAACAACUGUCCCCCCUGUAAUAAACGCUAUAACUGCAGUAAGAGAUGCUGGUGGUCUUGGGGUAAUCAUUGCAAGAAAUCCAACACAUUUGCUUAUUCCAACUAGUAACUUUCCAUGUGUUACGGUAGACUUUGAGCUCGGAACUGACAUUUUGUUCUACAUACGCUCAACAAGAUCUUCCAUAGUAAAGAUACAAGCUUCAAGAACGCUUGUUGCAAAUUAUGUGGCGACAAAGGUAGCAACUUUCUCAUCCAGAGGACCGAAUUCGAUUUCUCCAGCGAUUCUUAAGCCGGAUAUAGCAGCACCUGGUGUGAACAUACUAGCAGCUACUUCCCUCAACGAUUCUUCCAGUGUCAGAGGAUUCUCUAUGAAAUCUGGGACAUCAAUGGCUACUCCUGUAGUUUCAGGAGUUGUAGUGCUCCUCAAGUCAUUACACCCUCACUGGUCUCCUUCUGCAAUCAAAUCAGCAAUUGUCACCACAGCUUGGAAGACUGAUCCAUCUGGAGAGCCCAUUUUCGCAGACGGAUCAAGCCGCAAGCUAGCUGACCCGUUUGACUACGGAGGAGGCCUUGUGAAUCCAGAGAAAGCUGCAAAGCCAGGUCUCGUAUACGAUAUGACCACACAUGACUACAUCUUGUACUUGUGCGCUGCUGAUUACAGUGAUAUUUCCAUUUCCCGAGUUGCCGGAAAAGCAACAGUUUGUCCUAAUCCCAAGCCGUCUGUUCUCGAUCUCAACUUACCAUCCAUCACAAUCCCAAAUCUCAGAGACGAAGUCACCCUCACAAGAACGGUCACUAACGUUGGACCCGUAAAUUCAGUAUACAAAGUCGUGAUCGAUCCUCCAAUGGGCGUUAAUGUGAUUGUCACACCAACGAAAUUAGUGUUUAACUCUACAGCUACAAAACUAUCUUUCACGGUUAAAGUCUCGACUACACACAAAGUGAACACUGGCUACUUCUUUGGAAGUUUGACUUGGACUGACAAUCUGCACAAUGUAGCCAUCCCAGUAUCUGUGAGAACUCAGAUGCUGCAACGAUACUAUGACGAGAACUGA